UGCAGCACGUCGUGUGUGUUUGGGCAGUGUGGGUGUUGUUUUAUCAGGGAGUUUCAUCCCUAUUAGUCAGCUUUUAGCUAGCUAGCUUAUUAGGAGUUAGCGUGCAAGGAGUGUAGAAUUAGCCUCGCUAGUUCGUUAUUUUGUUUUAGUGCCACCCUACUUGAUGGUAGAGUUAACGUCAGCUUGAUCGUUUAGUGGGCUCAGUCUCGUAGACUAUUUGGCAAUGGCGACCGGGGUCUCAUUCAUGAAAUAUGGAACCAUCACGUCCCUCUUGGUGGUUCUCCUAGCAUAUUGGUUUAGAUCUCCUUUAGAUGGUCCGGGGUUAGACGAAAGACUUGAUGCCGUUUUGUCAUCGUUGCUCCGUGCAGAAAGCAAAGUGGGAGUGAAUAAUGUGGCCAGACCGAAGGUCGCCAUAGGUUUUGGGGGUUGUGUGGACAUCAUCGUGGACGGCGUGGCACUGCUGAACAAGAUUGGCCUGCCGCCCACUGACCAUCCCCUGCAUCACGACUACAUCGAGAAUGCAGAGCAGCUGGCCCAGAGUUUCGGCUACUUCUUCGCCCCAGGGGCAGCUUCAGAGAGAUAUGUGAUGAAUGAAACCCUCUUCAGUCAGCUCGUCGAGGCCUCUCGCGAGUUGCCAGGCAACCGGUGGGCAGUGGGAGGCAACGCACCGGUGAUGGCGGGCAGGAUGGCGAUCGAGGGCUGCGACGUGUUGCUAGGCGGCAGCUUCAGCACGGACUUCAACGACGUGCUCCCCGAACACAUCACAGUGGCGGGCAGCACUGUGGACGAGCCGGACAUUCACCUGAUCAUGGAGUAUCCCUCCGGCGCCAGCUGGGGACCCUACACCUCAAGAAGAGCCAACAGGUACAUAGUCCACAGUGAUGACCACAACCCCUACUUGGACUCCAUGGAGGAAUUUGAGAAGCAGCUGCAGGGCUUCCAUCCAGACCUGCUGGUGGUGGGAGGACUACAGAUGAUGGACAAUUUCCCCUUCAAGCAGGGUGAGCGUGAAGCUCUGCUGGGUCACCUCUCUCACAUGCUGCGCUCGGCGUCGGCGGAGACGUCGGUCCACUUCGAGAUGGCCAGCUUCGUGGACGAGGGCCUGCUGUCGGACCUGCUGGAGCUGGUCAUCCCCCACUCGGACUCGCUGGGCAUGAACGAGCAGGAGCUGCCCAACCUGCUGAGCCUGUUCCGCGCUGAGCCCGUCACGGUGCUGUCCGACCCCAACCCGCGCGUGGCCACCGUCCUGGACCAGAUGCGCGAGCUCUACCGGCUGGUCAACGGGCAGCACCGCGAGACGGGCCUGGGCCGCGCGCUGACCCGCCUCCACGUCCACACGCUGGCCUUCCAGGCCAUGAUCGUGACGCGCGGCUCGCAGUGGAAGAACACCAUGUCGGCCACGGCCAAGGCCUCGCUCACCGCCAACCGCCACGUGUGCGGCUCGCCGGACAUCGACCCCAGCAAGGCGCGCCUCAUCAUGGACGAGUCGUUCCAGGUGAGCCGGCGCGAGGGCAGCCAGCGCAUCCCGCUGGAGGAGACGCGGCCCGUGUCCUGCUGGGACGAGGACGACUACCAGAUCUGCGUGGCGCCCGUGCUCGUCUGCACCGAGGUCUACCAGACUGCGGGCGGCGGGGACAACAUCUCCGCCGCCGGCCUCGUGCUGCAGAUCUGACCGGCCUGAUGAAUCGGUG